GGAGCUGUCCAGCGGCUUGCCCUUCGCGGGAGGCCUCUACAUCUCCGAGCUCGCGCUGACUGGCGCCGUGGCUGCGCUGACGGGGCCCGCGGUCGGCGCGCACCGGGAGGCCGUGCUGUCCUUCUACCGCGCCGAGCAGGCGUGGUUCCCCG